UUCUUGUGCUUUGUUGAAGUGCAUUUUAAGUGUUUAAACUCUUCUAUUGUGGGCAAAAUGGAAAUCAACAAACAAUCAUCUGUCGCUGACAUUAUUCUUUUUUUGAAAAAGAACAAAUUGGAUGAAAUUGUCGAAGAUUUUGAAGCUAAUCAAGUCGACGGCGAGGAUUUUUUCAAUUUAGAAUCACAUGAUAUUUAUCAGAUGAUUCCUCGAAUAAAACUUCGAAAGAAAUUUACGUGUAUUUGGAAUGACGUUACUCAAAAGGGGUCAUCAGCUUCAACAAGACACUCUUAUGUCACUUCGAACAACAUCAGAACCAUCAACAAAGAUGUGAAUCCAGACAUUCCGAGUAAUUCAGCUGAUCAUCAAGAAAAUCGUGAUGAGGGCUUGUCAGAAUCAGCUUCAACAGUGCACUCGCACAUCUAUUCAAGCCACAUAAGAAGCAUCAACUUGGAUGUAAAUUAAGACAUUGUUCUUAGUACUUCAGCUGAUCAUCAAAAUGAUGAG